AUGGCGCCUCUAGCUCGGGGCCCAAUCCCCCUCUGGGUCCCCCUCAAGUCAUCCCAUCACUCGUAUACACCAUUGCGCCCCGCGGCCCUAGCGCCCCACCAUACCACUCCCUUCUCAACCUCCGCGGCCUCAUACACUGCUCAACAGCGACCCAGAACCCGAGUCCAAGCAACUAAAUCAAUCACACCAGUCACCCAAACACCAACACUAGAGGACCUCUCCCAAACCCACAUCAAUGCCCCUAUAAGCACCUUCCCCGCAAUCAUCGACAUCCCCUCCCCACUCCCCACUUCAGCGCCGACUCCAGAAAAGCUAAAGCGCCUCGUCGCCGUCGGCCGCGCCUACUUGACCUUCUACAAAACCGGUCUCAAAAACGUCUACCACAAUUACCGCGCGUCUCUCCCACUACGCCGCGAACUCGGGCUCCCCGCAUAUCUCCCCGUCUCGCCGCCUCGCAGCACCAAAUUCGAUGAAGCCCUCCGUGCUCGGCCCGCCCUAUCCACACCAGAACUCAAGCUAGGCCGCGGGCGGUUCCAGCUCGUUCGGCGAUCCGCUCGCGAUGUGCAGCGGAUGAUUCCUUUCACGCUGAUCCUGAUUAUCUGCGGCGAGUUCACGCCGCUGAUUGUGCCUAUCUUUGGUAAUGCGAUUACCCCGGCGACGUGUCGGGUGCCCGGGCAGGUCGCCAAGGAGCGCGAAGCGGGAUCCAAGCGAAAGGUUCUCGCGCAGCAGGCUUUGACGGCGAAGACUGGGAGGUCGGUACCCAUGACUGGCAGCGAUGCAGAGCUCGCGCAGUUGGUAGAGUUGGCGACGAUAGCUUCUGCUCGGGAGGCGAGUGCCGAAAAGGUGUUGCAGGCAUGUGCGAUUUUCGGACUCGUUAAGAAGCAUGAUCGGUUCUUGGGUGGAGUGCUUGCAGGACCUGUGUACCGGCCUCGGUUGCUACGGCACUUGCAUUAUCUCAAUGUUGAUGAUCGGAUGAUCAUUGAUGCUGGGGUGGAUGCGUUGAGUGCGGAGGAGGUUCGCAUUGCGGUUGAAGAGCGUGGUGCGGGUGACGUGUCGGCGAUGCUGCAGGGUGCCAAAGCAGAGGCUGUCGAGCGUGAGUGGCUGGAGAAGUGGUUGAAGGAGAGGUCUUGA